AUGGUCAAUGACACAGUAAAUAAUACCACUCACUUGGACAGUGUGGGCUGUGCUGAAGAGCAGUCGUGUGUUCGUGGCGACAUUGUUAAACUGCGUCGACACAUUACAUUUUUGUCCCAGCGCAAUGACUUUCUUCGUCUCCAGGAUAGACCCAGACGGCUACACAACAUUCGGGAGUAA